CUCCUCCUUCCAAUGGCUUCUUAGGCUGUCGUCUUUCCUUCGCCAAUGCUAGUGCUCCCCAAUUUCCCAAUUCACGUUCCUCAUACAUACUCAUCAAAAUAAUGAUCCAAAUUUUCGUUGCUUUUAAGCCAGGGGACUUGGGAUUUUAAGAAACAAACGGUAGCUUUAACGAAGAAAAUUCUGUGUUAUUGCUUCGCCGACAUGGGUGCCUGCGUUUCCACGCCGGAGGGCUGUGUCAGAGCCAAAUUUAAGAAGUCUUCCAAGAAGAAGAACCGCCGGAGAAGGAGGAAAGCUUCCAAAACCACGGCAAUUUCUACCCUCUCCGAUGGAUCGCGCCGCUCCAAUCCGAUUGAUCAUCGCUCCUUUUCCAAUCCCACUUUCCAAGCUGGAAGUUUUGAUGAGGCCUGGUUUGAUACAGUUGCAAAAUUUGAAUCGGAUUGCGAUGAAGAUUACCAAAGUGUUCCUGAAGACAUACAGUCAAUUAAUAGCUUUGAAGGUGCAUCAACGUCAAGCGUUUCGUCUUCUGGAGAUGCUAAUCAUGGAGAUCUUCAUGUGAAUCGACAUAGCGCGACCACGGAUCAGAUUCAUAGACCAGGAAAUUCAGGAAGAGUACAUUCUGUGAGUCAAGUUGCAAGGGAUUCACAUUCUCAGGCAAUGAAUCCAGAUGAUGCAGAACCCCAACUUAAGGGUUAUGGACACUCGAGCAAGGCGAACGAACCAGUAUUCGUCGACGAGAUCUCCUCCACUGCUGGUGAAAGCUCUGCCAAAGACGUUGGAGUAUUGGAUAAUUGUGGGAUUUUACCAAGCAACUGCUUGCCUUGUCUUGCAUCAACAAUGAACUCUGUUGAAAAGAGAAAAUCACCAAGUUCUAGUCCUCCAAGUGGACUGAAAAAGGCAACCUUGAAACUGUCGUUCAAAUGGAAAGAAGGAAACCCCAAUGCUGCUUUAUUUUCGUCGAAAGCGCUUCUACGAAGACCUAUAGCAGGUUCUCAAGUACCCUUUUGCCCAGCUGAAAAGAAAAUGCUAGAUUGUUGGUCAUAUAUUGAGCCAGAUAGUUUUAAAGUUCGGGGAGUAAACUAUGCAAAGGACAAGAAGAAAGAGUUUGCUCCCAGUCAUGCUGCUUACUGUCCAUUUGGAGUUGAUGUGUUCUUGUCCCAUCGGAAAGUGGAUCACAUCGCUCGAUUUGUCGAACUUCCUGUGGCUAAUUAUUCUGGAAAACUUCCACCUAUCCUUGUCGUGAAUGUUCAGAUUCCAUUGUAUCCUGCAGCAAUUUUUCAUGGAGAUACCGAUGGAGAAGGGAUGAGUAUCGUCUUGUACUUUAAGCUUUCUGAUACAUAUGCCAAGGAACUUACAUCUCAUUUUCAAGAAAAUAUCAGGAAGCUGAUUGAUGAUGAAGUUGAAAAGGUGAAGGGUUUUCCAGUAGACACUGUAGUACCCUUUAGGGAAAGAUUGAAAAUUUUGGGGCGAGUUGCAAACGUGGAGGAUCUUUCAAUGAGCACUGCACAGCGGAAGCUUAUGCAGGCUUACAAUGAAAAGCCCGUCCUCUCGCGUCCCCAACAUGAAUUUUACUCGGGAGAAAACUACUUGGAAAUCGACUUGGAUAUGCACAGAUUUAGUUACAUAUCAAGGAAAGGUUUUGAAGCGUUUCUUGAUAGACUCAAGUGCUGUAUUUUGGAUGUUGGCCUCACAAUUCAGGGGAACAAAUCUGAAGAACUGCCAGAGGAGAUCUUAUGUUGUAUUAGACUAAACGGAAUUGAUUAUGUAAAUUACCAGCAGUUGGGGAUGGGUCAAGAGAUCCUGUAAACUAAGACGGUUUCUGUGCACAGCCAGCUUCAACCAAUUUCCAUAGAAAAUAACAAUAACACCGUACAGCCUGUUAUAAUGCUCA